GUACGAAAGAUCUUUGUGUUAAGGUCAAGCGGAAUUAUCAAAUUAAGCUUCAAGAUGAAAAUUGUCUGUAGCAUUCUGUUUCUAUUUGCUUUGUCAGUGAAAGGAACCAAUUUCCCUAAAUUUAAAAGUCAAGAGUAUGAAAAUGUGCCUCAACCUAAUUGGAAUAAUCUGUUAUAUUGUGAUUUUGAUGAUGCUAAAAUGGAAUUUUGUCACUGGCAAGGUGAUCCAAGAAAUGACAAAGCUCACUGGAAGCAUGAACAUAUGACUACGGAUUUAAAUAAUGGAAUAAUAUGUCUGCAACCAAGAAUUAUGCACAAUUAUCGUCUUCGAAAAAUAUAUGGUGUUCAACAGAAUUCUCUAACAGCACGUUUGUGGAGUGAAACAGUCGAACCUGUUAGUACUUCUAAUGAAAACAGUGAUUACAUGGAAUAUUCCUUGAACAAUCCUCAAAAUAAUUUACGUUGUAUUCAGUUUCAGUAUAAAAUCCAGUUACACGAUUCUAAUGUCGACCCGUCUAAUAGUAACUCAGUUGAUGAUUCGCUUAUAAAUCUAAGCCUUCUGAAACAUUCUACUGGUUCAUGUGUUAAGCAAAAUACUUAUGAACGUGGGGAAUCUGCUGUUUUAUGCAAAAAUCAUGAUUUAUGGUCAUCAAAUGAAAAUGAUAAUGCACGUAUAUAUCCUUCAAAUGUAUGGUCUGUUGCCAAAAUUGAUUUACAUCAAAAUCAACAACGCGAUUCUGUCCUUUCAACAGAUUCAAGUUAUAAGCUGAUAUUAGAAGGUACAAUUCCUGCUGGCUAUCCAGAUGCUAGAAUCUGUGUCGAUAAUAUUACUUCCUAUACUGAACCAUGUAGUGCUCUGGAGAAAGCAUCUGCACCAUUGCCAAGUCAAUGGAGUUGGGCACAAUACUUUGGAUUGACAUUUGUUGGUGCUUUAAUCUUAGGUUUAUUAAUACCAGUGUUGUUUUUGGUUAUUCUGAUUUGGGCCUGUCGUCGCCGUCAUCAUGCUAUGCACUCGAACUAUACGAAUAGUAAAUUAUUUUCAACAAAUCUAUGGUAUUACAUCGGUGGCAAAGAAAUAUGUGAUGAUCCAAAUGGUUUUCGCGGUAGUUCAAGUUUGUUACGUUCAAAACAAUUUAAUUCACCGUCAGCAACUGGUACUUUAUUGAAUGGUGGUGGUGGACAUCAUCUAAUGUUAAGUAAUGCUGAUGUAAUGGAUUUACCUGAUGUAGUUGUACCAGGUGGACGUGUAGUAGCCUUUAACUAUUCUGGAAAUACUUUAGGCGGUAACACACUUCGUCAUAAUCAUAAUAAUGCUGGAUAUACAAACACAAAUUAUCUAUCAAAUGCACAAAAUGGUCAGGUUAUGCUAACAAAUGUUAAUGGGACAGUUUCAUUGAAUAAUUGUGGUACAAAUGUUACUACUGUUGCACGUACUGGUCAAAAUGCAAUGCCGUUAGUAUCAAAUGAACUUAUUCAACAACAGUCACAAAGUCAACAACAAAAUGAAAGUUAUAAUUACCAAACUAAUCCAGUUUUCGGGGAAUCUGCCUCUAUGGCACUGAUGACAGCUAGUCAAUCUCCAAUGCUGAUGACACAAUCUAUGGCACCAAAUUAUGGUUCUGAAGCAAAUCACAUUGCUCAGUCAAAUUUUUCCAAUGCUAAUACUCAACAAAUAAACCAAUUAAAUUCAAAUGGUCAAGUAUACAACAAACCAGCAGUACCACCAGGACAACAACAACACCAUCAACCACGUGUACAGUCGCAAUAUUUUCCCCCGACCCAACAAUCUCAAACGAAUUUGAUCCAACCACAACCACAAAUAUCUCAAUCAUUUCAACAACAACAACAGCAACCGUCCAACUUUCAAUUUCAGAACCAACUUCAACAGCAACAACAACAACAGUUAGUAGCUAACCAAACACCUGUUUCUAAUCAGUUUCAUCCACAGCAACAACAGUCUGUACAACAAUCACAACAACAACAGUUUCCUCUUCCACCACCACCCCCAACAUGUCAAUUGCAACAAAUGAAUCUUCAACAGGCUGCAAAUUUACCAUCACAAACACAACAACAAAAUCAACCUGUUCCUUUUAAUCAACAACCAGUUAAUCAUCAGUAUCCAUUUCAGUCACAACCAUCACAAGUACAACAACCAGUACCGACUGAUCAACGAAGACAACAAGUAGUGAAUGGACAAAUACAAACAUCUGUUGCCGUUGUUACUGCACAAACUGCUCCCAUUCCACUUGGUUCAUCGCAACAAAAUUGUCAACCUCUACAACAACACUCUAACACUAAUACUACAAAUUCUGGUAAUAAUAAUAAUUUGAAUAAUGGGAAUGCAUUAAUUACAAUACCAAAUAAUCGUUGUUUAUCUAUGUCACCAACGUCCAUUGGAACUGAUUCACUUACUGAAGCUGAUCAACAAGCUGCUAUGGCUUUGUUAGCUGCUGCCACAGAAGGUAUGGAUACAUUUCGAGAAAAUCAAACAACACCGAGUAGUUUACAGUCUCCAGUUCCAAUAGUCAAUAAUAACAAUAGGAGAUUAGAUUCAUGCAUUAAUACUACUACUGCUACAAAUACUACCACUAAUAAUGAUAUUAACACUCAAGUACCAGUUGAUGAAGACAAUCCACCACCAGGAUAUGAUGAAGCUAUUGGUUUGAUACAAAACAAUUUCAUGAAUAAUGUUAACAUGGCAAUGAUGAUGAAUACAAUGGUGAAACCAGCUGUUCCUAUACCAAACACAACUUGUACACCACCACCAGCAUUACCACCACGUCGAAUUAUUAACGGAGUUGGUUUAGAAGAUAUUGAAGAUCCACAAUCAAUGACAUCGUGUAUAUCGUUAGCUGAACGUUAUGGUCUACCGGUAGCUGAAAUUUAAAAUAGACAGAACGGAGGUUUUAAAUGAUGGAUAUUGUUGAACUGUUUAGGAAAUUAUUACAUCAUUGAAUGUGUAACCGUCAUACGGUUUUUGUUUUGCGUAAUUUUUCAUCUCAUCCGUUUAAUGUUGUUGUUUUUCUUCUUCUCGCUUACUCAUCUUGAUUAGUGCUUGUUGUUCUCAUUAUUGUUGUUGUCCCCAUCAUUAUUAUUUAUUGUUAUUGUAUGCUUUUCGUAUCUGCAUGUUUUCAUGUGUACUUGUGUCUAUUCUUGACAUUUCAUCUCAUCAAUUUUUUUUAUUUAUCUUACUCAUUGCUUUGCUUAUAUAAUGAUUUUACGUUUCAUUGUAGCUGUGUUUACUUAUUUUAAUCAUAAUAUUGAUAUUUAUACACAUACAAUGAUUUUACAAGUAUUACAUUUUAAAUAGUAGCAUUCUCUUGUCAUUACAACUUAUGCAACUGUUAUGCUUAAAUUUAGGUUUUUAAUUGUUUUAUACCCUGAUUAAUCCAUUUACUGUUUACUGAUAGCUAAUAUAGUAUAAUUGUUUGUCAUUAUUUCACUGUCAUCCACACACACACACGUACACAGUAAUUGAAGUUACGCUAUUCAUGUUCUCAUAUUUUAUGAUGAGAAAGUUAGGUAAUAAAACUAAAGCAUUUUAAUCUUCUAGGCAAUCAUAACGAAGAACAUCAGUUGCAUAUACAUUUAUUUUGUGUGUAUGACGGUAUAUGUUUCAAUGCUAUCUAGCUGUUAGUAAUUAUCAACUACAUUAUUCAUCAGCAAUCACCACUAAAAUAUUUUAAAUUAUGACAGUCAUUCUCAUCUUGAUUUUAAAUUCUUUAUUGUCUUAGUCUACUAAUAUUUGCUUCGUUCGUUUUCACUGCUGUUUUACUUCACUCAUUGUUAGUUAUUUGUGUUUAUUUUUUCUUCUGUGCAAUUUUACCAAACCUUUUUUUCUUGUAAUUCUUGUCCUCUCGUUUGUUUUGAUUUAUCCUUUAUUGUUUUGUGAAGGUAUUUUAUUGAUUACACCGAACUCUAUCAGGAUUUCUCACUUCUCUCUAUUCAUCCUACCUUCAGAGAUAUCAUAGAAUGAGCGUGAAAUUUGUUUUUGACCAGUAGUAAGAGAAAACUUUAUACGCUGAUUAUUUGAGGGUACUUCUGGUUGAGCUUUCUUUUUACUUUUCAACAUUAACUAACAAUUGCAAUAUGUAUAUCUUAUGAUUCGUUUGAUUUAAACGUGCAACGUAGUUGUUGAUCUUUAUUAAUGGCUACCGGAUUAUCGGUUCGUUUAUUUCCCUGAUAUUUUAUCUCGAAUUUUAAUCAUAUUUGUAUUAUCAUAACGUUUUCAUGUUGUCUGUCAUUUUGGUCACUUAUUCAAUGAAUAAUCAGUGUAUUGUCAUUUUUCCAUGCUUACUUCCUUUGCUUCAAUAAAUAAAUGUUCAUUAUGACCAUUG